AUGGAACCUGUGAACGGUGUCCCUGUUUUUGAGUCGGAUCCCAGCUUGAUAUACUCAGGUCUGGAUGUUGAGCCAACAUGGUUUAGUGCACAAGGUGGCGUCUACAAAUGCUAUGAACGUUCGACGAAUAGACCAGUGGCCAUAAAGAAAUAUCUGGUAGAAGAGAAUCACCCUUAUGAUGAGGACAUGUUCGUCAUGCCAAAAGAACUUGUCGAGAACGAAAUUUACACAAUGACAAAGUGUGUCCACCCCAACAUUUUGAAACUGUUGGCAGUACACCUUCAUAAAGAAUUUGUCUAUUUGAUUCUACCACUCUGCACAGGUGGUUCCUUACAACAAUAUGUAUUUGAACAUCCUUUGACUGUCGGCCAGCUUGUCCAUAUCAUCACUUCCAUUGCUUCAGGAUUGGCAAAAGUGCAUGCACAAGGAUACAUCCAUAGAGAUAUCAAAUGUGAUAAUAUUUUUUUAGACGAAGAAUCGAAUAGUAUUGUUAUAGGUGAUUUUGGUGUUGUUUCUAUCUCCCCCACAGCAGAUUCCAGUGUCGAGGAGGCCGGAGUUGUUUUGUUUUGGUCACCUGAACUAGUGCAGCAAAAAAUCGUGAAUUCCAAGGUCGAUAUUUGGGCAUUGGGCAUAGUUAUCUUGGAGGUCUUGAAUGGAGGGAAAGCACCUUAUGAAGAUGAGAAUUUGGAAGAAGACGAGAUUAAACAGAGAAUAUUAAGAGUAGGCAGACCUGCUUACCCUGAUCAUUUACCUGCUUCGUUAGUAGAUCUCUUAGAUCAUUGUCUUGAUAUUAACCCACGUACCAGAUACUCAGCCAUCAAUAUACUCGAGCAUCCUUUUGUAAGGGAUUUUAAGCCUGAACUGUUAUUCCCUGCUACACAACUUGAUCAUGAAGUUUCAUCACAAUCAGACUCUGACCCAUCUGACAUGAUGCAGGAUAUUGAAGAAGAACAAGAUUCACAUAUGCUCGCAACAGUCCACCACAAGAAAGAACAGCCAGUGCAUAUCAUCGCAGAAGAUCUGCAACAACACUGUCAUAAUGAUACUACUACACCUGUUGUAUUACCUCAUUCUUUACCACCGCCUGCUAUCUCUACAGCCGUUAAUAAUAUCAGCAGCAUUAAAAAACCACUGUCACCAACCGCAGCUAAAUGUCGAUUGCCUGUACCAUCAUUUUCUGUUAAUAAGACAGUAUCAGUAGCUAUACCUGUACGGGAAAAGAUAGCAAACGUCAUACGUAAGCGGCAAUCGAUGACUGACCAAAAUCGUAGCCAGGGCUGCAGAAUUCCUAUGCUGACCGCUCAACCUUUCAUUGAACCUCUAAUUGAAGAGCUGGAUACUUCAGAGAGAUUCAAGCAGCAGCAAUAUGGAAUAAGUCCAAGAACAAAGUCAUGCAACAAAUCUAUCAAACCAGCAUCCAAUUCUCGAAUAAAUACACAUUUAGCACAACAAAAGCGGUAUAACACUACUACUACCACUACAGCAUCUUCUGAGGUCUUGUUACGUAAACCGUUAACCAAUAAUGGCAAUAAAUUGUCGCCUGCUUCUCAUGUUGAACAACAGCAGCAAAAAACUGUGGCAGCAUCCAUAAAAGCAAACAAACAAAAGUUCUUACUGAAACAGCAGCAACAGCAGCAACAGCAGCAACAACAACAACAAUCUAAUCGAACUGUGCUCUCUGAAAAAUCCAAUAUACGUCCACCAAGGAUUAAUAUGAUCGGCUCCGGCUUGACGCCCCCAAAGACCAGACGAGAAUUGACAUCUAAGCCUUCCAUCUACCGUAAGCGCUUACCCACAAGUAAUGACAGUAGAACAGCUAGACUGAUGAUGGGACUGAGUACAGGAAGCCGUAGACAAUCUUACAAACAAAGAGAAGAAGCAGUAACGGCCAAUGCGAGUGAUAGUAGCACUAAUAGUAAGUUAGCCACUCCUCCUUCUAUAAACCAUCGAUUUGGAAGGAUAUUCGAUAGUAAAUUAAAAGCACCGACGACGAUUACCACUUCAAUUACAACAACAAGCGCUCUGAAUAGAACAGAUAGAAAGCGACCCGUCUCAUUUGCUGCCUCAUCAUCCACAUUUUCCAAUAGGGUCUACUCAGAAGUUCAUCUACACCAACAAUCUAAACCUAUACCCGGCACAACAACAGUCAUCAAUAGCAAUGAAACGUCUUCCAAAGGCGAUAGAUACAAGAGACAAUCUGUACCUGCUCCCUUAUCAGAGUCAAUGAAUGAUAUCCGUAGUAAAACAUUAAUAGCGACUAGCAUAGCUAAUAAUGGUCGAAAAGCUCCAUCAAAAGCAAAUGACUCACAUACAGCAGCAGUAGGUAAUACUAGGAGCAGUGGUAAUAAUAACAGUAGUAGUAACAACAAACACCAAGCAGCACUUCGUGUCCAUUAA